AUGUCAGAAAAAGACUCUUCGUCAGAAUUGAAUCCCCAACCGCUUGAAACUUUUGCUUCUAUUUUACGAACACAACUUCCGCCAGAGCAGACAGCAUCAAUUUCGAUUGCGAAUAUUUCGUCUCCUUCAGAUUUGGACCAUCUGGCAUCUUACACUUCCGAGAGCUUUGUUCUCGGAAGCGGUUCUACCCUUGGAAAUAUUGAUGCUGACUUCAAUCUGUUCAGCUCGAAAUCUUUCCCCGAAACAUCUAGUGGUUCACCAGUGAUGGAAAAUACCCGAAAUGGAACUAUUUCGAGCACACCCCAGGUCACUCAUCCGCGUGGAUCGCAUGACAGUAAGACCAAUCCUGUCUCUGGAUCAAAUGAUCUAAUUGAAGAGGGACUACUGAAAUCCACUUCAGAAUCGACUGACUCUUUCUCUCGAAAGCAUCAAGAGCGGGGCAGCUUCAAGAAAGACAUCACGUUUGGGAGAACUGCGACAAUCCCAUCACGUUCACAUCAAUCGCUACUUCGAAAAUACAUGAACGAAUCGGAAGAGAGCGUUGAUGAAAUUCAACUUGCGCGUUAUGCGCGAAUCGGACGGAUCGAACCUGAAAGCAGAUUUUGCGUGGAUUUAUAUUAUCCAAACCAGACCAAUACCAAGACUAAUGAGCUUGUAGGACCAGUUCAAAUGUGUGUUCAGAACACCGCCUCUAUGGAAGAGCUUAUCGGAUUCGGAUUAUAUACGUAUAUCAAGAAGUACGGUCAUCGACCCAUUCAUCCCUUGUAUGAGAGCCAGUCAAAUUCCGUGUUGGAGCCUAGAGCUUGGGUCUUACGUAUGGUAGAAGGAGGCUUUGUUGAUGAAGACUACCCAGGUAUGUCAUCGUGA